AUGGUCGGCUCUUGUCUACACAUCCGUCAAGAUCUCACCGAUUGCGUCCUCAAAACCGACUGCUAUCUCAAGCAAGGCAACUCGGCACAAGAAUGCAUCACAUCACAUAUGACCGAAUUGCCAUUGGAAUGCCAACAGCUCUACAAGUCCUUUGUUGAGUGUCGUCGUGGUAUGUUGGAUAUGAGGAAACGAUUUAGGGGCAAUGCACCGCCAGCAGCGGGAGGGAAUAAUGCCCCGGGUGGAACUAGUCAGGUUGAUCCUUCGACUGCUGGUCAAGGGUCGUCGUAG